AGCGGUGUAUGCUUUCAUUUUGAAGAACAAAGGAAAUCCCUCCCACUUGAAGUCCACUAACUCGUCAUGUACGAGCAACUGAAUUUCAAUCACUAUCAAGCAACCUGAAACAAUCGAUAUUUUCACCGAAAUAGCACAUUUAUUGUAACUAAUAUGUCCUCCAACAACAUGUCGGAUCCCAGGAGACAAAACAAGAUACUACGGUACAAGCCCCCCACCACGGAGACCAACCCCACACUGGAGGACCCCACGCCGGACUACAUGAACCUGCUGGGCAUGAUCUUCAGCAUGUGUGGGCUGAUGCUCAAGUUGAAGUGGUGCGCCUGGAUCGCCGUCUACUGCUCCUUCAUCAGCUUCGCCAACUCCAGGAGCUCUGAGGACACCAAACAGAUGAUGAGCAGCUUCAUGGCCGCUGGCGUGCUGGAUCCUAUCCCAGCUAUCUUUGGGCGAGAGGCGGGGUACACCCUGAACUGGUCGCCAGCCAAUCAUUCCACGGCACACAUAAACAAACAACCAUUCACAUUCUCACCUACGGGCAAUUUGGAGUCUUCAAUGAACCUACCAUGCAUGCUUUUGGGAUGUGGGAGGAAACCAGAGUACCUGGAGAAAACACAAACUCCACGCAGGCAAGGCCAGAUUUGAACCCGGGUCCUCAGAACUGUGAGGCGGAUGUGCUAAUCAGUCGUCCACCAUGCCGCCAAGUUGUGUAUUUUCGUUACAAAAAUAAAAAAUGUUAUAAUUUGACAAGUCAUAUUUUUUUAGAUGAUGAUGUCAUAAUAAAAUCAUAGCUCCUCCACCCCCCCAAAAAUAGUCCAAAUGCAUUGUCCUGUUGGUUGCAGACAAAGCAUGGAGGGCAGAUGAAUGGACGCAGCAAUAAUUAGAAAUGACUUCCUUCUGGCUUCGACUUGGCUAAAAUGACCCCACAAUUAUAUUCCACACAGGAUCUUCCAUAUUCUUGGUUAAAUGUCCCGGUU